AUGAGCCUCGCAAAAUGGAAAUCCAACUCCUCGAUGCUCCUGCGGCAUCUGGCCGAGACCGGAGUCGCUGCCGAGGACUUCGACGUUGUUCCGAGCAAUCUUCUGAAGGUUCUCGGCGUGACCUGGGAUCCGACGAAUGAUAGGCUCCGGUUCGUGAUUCCGAAGAGAAUCCGGGGUCUCGAUCCUGGGGAGGUGAUAACCCAGCGGAGCGUCCUCAGCAUCGUGGCAUCAAUUUUCGACCCACUUGGAUAUCUAAGCCCCUACCUUGUCCGAGGGAAACUGAUUAUCCAAAGGCUCUGGGAAAAUAGCCUCCAAUGGAACGAGGCAGUUCCGAAUGAGCUGCGGGUCGAGCUGAUGCAAUGGGCCGCGGAGUUCACCGACUUCACGGAUCUCGAGAUUGCAAGGAAGUGCGCCAGCCGAGAGGAACGCCCCGAAGGCUAUCGACUUCACGUCUUUGGUGACGCGUCGAAGCGAGCUUACGCGGCCGCCGCCUAUCUGGAGUGCGUAUACGCGGACGGACCGGCGCAGGACUCUCUGCUGAUGGCAAAGUCCAGACUUGCACCACGCAGCGAACAGUCAUUGCCGCGACUGGAGCUACUGGCCUCUCUCAUGGCCGUCCGCCUGAAGAAUUUCCUGGUUCAGCGUCUGGAUAUCAUGUUCGACAGCGUGCGUUUUUACACCGAUUCAACUAUCGCCUAUCAUUGGGCUACCAGCUCAAACCCGGGAAGCUGGAAGGUUUUCGUGCACAACCGUGUAGCGGAGGUCGCCCAGAGUUCGAGACGAGAGGAGUGGUUCCACGUAGACAGGAAGGCAAAUGUUGCCGAUCUGGCCACCAGGGGCGUUUCGGCCAGACUACUGACAUCUAGUAAAAGUUGGUGGAAUGGUCCGGAAUGGCUACAGCUGCCAGAGGAGCGGCAACCGAUCUCCCGACCGGGAAGCGCCGGCGCCGUCCACAGCGCCGAUUCCGUGAGGCAUGAGCUCCGAAAAUUGGCAGCCCCGGUGGCCGUGGGGCGGCCGCUGAUCGACUUGGAGAGGUUCUCCUCUGCUGCGAGGGCCAUCAGGGUUCUUUCGCUGGUUCUGCGUUCCUUGGAUCUGGUUCGAAACCGAGAGACGCGUUCGGCGAGGGAGCUCUUCCAUGCGGCGGAGACUCAGAUUAUCCGUCAUACCCAGAGGUUGCAUUUCCCGAAAGAACUCGCGGCCGUCCGAGCCGGCGAGCAAGUCCCAACGUCAUCAAAACUGUCUGCUCUCCGUAUCUUCAUAGACGAUAGAAAUAUCCUUCGAGUGAGAAAACGCCUAGCUCAGGCGACCUUCCUCAACUACGAGAAAAGAAACCCCAUCGUGCUCCCGGGGGAGUCCAGGCUAGCAAGAAUGCUCAUCGUCGACACACACCGCAUCAACGCGCACUUUGGCGUUACAACGGUGCUCUCUCAACUUCGCAAGCGAUAUUGGAUCACGCGUGGCCGACAGGUUAUCCGCUCGAUCCUCUCGCCGUGCGUAAUCUGCAAACGAAGACAGGGAACUCCCCGCGGUCAACUGGAGGCGCCAUUGCCGAUUGAGCGCGCCCAGUUUCACGCGCCAUUCACUACGACCGGGCUCGAUUUCUGCGGUCACUUUUAUACUCGCUUUCGUGAGGGCGACAUCAAGAACGGCUCCUACGUGAUUCAGAAGACCUACGUGGCGAUAUUCGUCUGUGCCUCGACGAGGGCUGUUCAUCUCGAAGCUAUUCCCGCACUGUCCGCGCCCCAGACCAACAUGGCGCUUCGACGCGGCCUCGCCACUUAUCCAGGGCUUUUUGAGUGA